GCGCUGAUGUACCUAAUGUGGCGCUGCCGUAGGCCAGAUUCACGGACGAAACGGAACGGAUUAUUUUUGUUUGAGAAUCCAGCAGCCAUAUUUUAGUACUCCGAUACGGUUUUCGUAAUUUCCUGAGUGUCAAAAUUUCUAAGUACUUGCUUAUCGGAGAACAAGACUGAAAAUGACCCGUGGCAAUCAACGUGAAUUGGCACGAGCCAAAAACAUGAAAAAAACAGCUAAGAAAGCUGCUGGAGAGCAAGAUAGUAAUAAAGGGCUCUCUUUGGAACAACGGAAAGCACGAGACGCUGAACGAAUGAGAGAAAAACAACUUAAAAAACAAGACCAUCCAGAAAAAGCUAAAGAGGGAGCAAGAUAAUUUUUACGAAAGAUUUUAUAAAUUUGAAAUCUACCACCGAUAUUGAAUUUGACAAUUGUAAUUACGACAUCAAUCAUCGUGGAACGCCAAUAAUAUUUGUUGGGGAAUUCAGUAUAGUAAUUUAAUUAUUAGUCAAUUUCUUCUGUUAACAACGGUGCACCGCAAUAUACCAUAGUAUGAUGAAGUAUUUGUUGUAUACUUGUACCUGUAUUAUUUAAUUAUUACCUGAUACGAAAGGUACUAGAAAUGUGUAUAAAAUUAUCUUUAUAUGUGCAGACCAGUCGUCAAUGAGGGAUGCAUUUGACUGGUGCAUUUAGCAGUAAGGUCAUCGAGUACAUAAAGUGGUAUAUUUAAUGUGGUUUCAUAUAUGUAAAUUGAACUUCUUCAAUUAUUUAAAUCAUUGUACAAUGUAAUAGAACAAGUAGAAAGGAUAGCAUAUGCAACAUACUUUGGUCACUGUUUAGGUAAUAAUAAAUCCUUCAAAUAUUAUCACAGAAA